AUGAGCAAUGUGCGGUUGGGAAAUCGGAGUGGAAGAGAAAGCUGGAUUAAGCUUGAGGGACGCUUAUUGCCAGUGAAGGAAGAAGAUGGGGAUAGUGACAGGGACGAGGAUGUGGACCCAUCUGAGGGCGCAGAUCCGGAGUUCCUGGAUGCAGAAGAGAUUGAAGGGGGAGCGUUACAGAUUCCGUCUUUCUCAACACAGAACACCAAAGUGAAAAUUUUCACCGAAGACUCCAAAGAAUAUAUUGUCACUGGCUUCUUUCCACUGGUUGAACCCUGGUGGUCUGUAGCUGUGCAUGUGAAACAAUCAGGUUCUCAGUAUUUUGUCAAAGGAUACCCAUCCUAUAAACUGAAAGAUGACAUCCUUGGAGAGGAAUCCAUAUUGUCGCUGUUUCUUAAGGAAUGUAACGUACAUACAGAUUUUAUAUCGGAAUUUGUGAAAUGGGUGAGGGAUAAACCUGUGACUUUCAGCCGACUGGUCAAGCUGGCAGAAGACUUUAAGAAAAAGCAUGGUUGGUGGAUCAUCCUAACUUUCCAUUUUAUAUUUUAUUCAGAGCAAGGUAGCUUUGCAUUGAAAGCGCUGGACCUUCCACUGGUGCUGAAAUAUGUACCCAAACUUUUACCACACAAAAUGAGAGGCUUGCUAAAGUUACAUGGUAAAGAUAGUUUGCCGACCAUUGAUGCACCACCUGAUCACUUGCUGAACAUCUACACACCACUAGAUCUACUACUUAAACUUGAAAGCCUACUGGAUACUGAGCCUUGGAAGCUUGGCUUUGGUUCGUUGCUUUAUAAGGAGCUCCAACUCUGUGGCUUUGAGGCAACAUUGGACAACUUCCAACAGUGUGAUGACCUCCUGAAAAAGAUUCCCGACUUGCAGCUAAAUGCAUUACAUAUAUACAACGAACUGAAAAAGAAAUGCAUGAAUCUGGGUGACACUUACGUAAAACAAUCUGCCCUUACCAAAUCGGUCUGUAAAAUCAUGUCAGAUGUGGCUGCCUGGGAAGCGAUCAGGUUUCUCAAAGAUCAGGAAAUUGUGAUGAUUGAGCAGGAUCGAGUUUUUCUGUACAAUUAUUACCUUUAUGAGGUAAAUACUGCACGUUUUAUUAGAAAGUUGGCAAUGAAAAAGCCCCAAGAUUCAGCGGUGGAAGUAACUGAUAGACUUGGUGAGCAUACUUCACAAAAAGAACAGGUGUUCUGUUCAAGUAUGGCCAGACGGACGCUAGUACAUGAAUUUACUGAUGAGCAGAUUAAGAAUUUACAGAUAAAUGACUGCACCACACCAGAGAACUGUACAACAAAGCUGGAUGCUGAGCAGCAAGCAGCGGCUAGUAUGAUUCUGGCCAACCCAGUGACCAUUAUAAGUGGAAAAGGUGGAUGUGGAAAGACCACAGUAGUAAGUCUUGUGUUCAAAGCUGUUAUGCAGCAAGAAAAGGAUGAAGUUGAAGAGGCCUGCAAAGCCUUCGAAGAUGACUUGGAUGCAUCAGAAGAAUGGGUUUUUAAUGCCACGACCUCAAGCUGUGUACACAGUGACACCAUUCGUAUUUUGCUGACUGCACCCACAGGAAAGGCAGCUUCUCUCCUGAAGAAGAAAACUGAACUUCCAGCUGCUACUCUACAUCAGAUUACAUGCAGCUAUUCAGCGUGGAAAAAACAGAAGCAGAAAAAAGAAGAGAGUGGUGAAAAGCAUACAUUUCCAUGGAAAUUCUCCAAAGUAGAAGCACUGGUGGUUGAUGAGGGCAGUCUGGUGUCUGUUCGAAUAUUCAGCGCUGUUUUGAAAUUGCUCUGUACACAUGGAAGGCUGGCAAAGUUGGUGAUUCUUGGUGACAUUCGUCAGUUGCCCAGUAUAGAGCCAGGGAACUUAUUGGCCGAUAUAUUUGCUACCUUCAAAGGGAUAAACUGGGCCAUUGAACUUAAGACCAAUCACAGGGCGGAAUCACAGCUCAUUGUGGAUAAUGCAACAAGUAUCUCUAACCAGCAAGGUAUAAACUUUGAUGCUAUGCUACAUUUUGAUGGGAAUGUGCACCCUGCAAUGCCCAGUGAGGAGAAGAAAUGCAUUCUGAUUUCUUUGGCUGAUGAAACUGAUUUAUCUACUGCUAUACAAGCAUUGCUUAAGUCUGGCCCAGGACUAGCGGAUCAUAAACACUCUCAGUUCAUUGCAUUUAGAAGGAAGGAUUGUUUACUGAUAAAUGAACUGUGCUGCAGACACUACUCGAACCAUACAAUGAAGAAUUCCAGGAAAAGAUAUGAUUUCAGAUGUGAUGACAAAGUCUGCUGCACUAAAAACGCCUAUGUCAGAGAUCUUCAGACCACAUUCCGGUAUGUUGUUUGUGUCUGAACUUGGCUACUGACCAAUUCUACUGCCUGGUGUAUUAUUUGCUAUUGCUGCUUGCUAAGUAAUAGGACUGAACCCAUGAGACCAAGCCAGGAGAAGUCUACAGAUGAUGAGCGGAUCUGUAAUGGGGAAAUAUUUUAUAUAACUGAUGAUGUAGAGAAAGAUAAAAUCCGCGAACUAACCUUAUUUGAUGGAGAAGAGAGAACGUACACACUGAAUUAUAAAGCCCUUCGAAUUCGCAGUGGUUUGAAUUAUGCAUGGGCCAGGACCAUUCACACAUUUCAGGGCUCUGAAGAAGACACAGUUGUGUAUGUUCUAGGCGCUGCUGGCAGACAGACCUGGAAGCAUGUAUACACUGCUGUAACACGGGGCCGCAAGCGUGUCUAUAUAAUUGCAGUGAGUAUUCAGCUUGAUCAAGCAAUUGCUAACAGGUCUCGUGAAAGAAAAACUAGACUGCAGCAGCGUCUGAAGGAUGAGUUGUCUCAAAGUGGCACCUUGCCACAGUCCAGUACUUCUGCUUCCACCAACCAAGAUGAGUUUGCUGUGGCUUCACAGGAGCACACCCCACUUAAAUCAUCUCCGCAC